AUGGAGCACCCGGACAUCCCCAGUCCUGAUUCAGAUGGGUCGGGAUCCUCUGAUGAAUACCCUCCCCAAUACCCCAGGACGAACUCGACCUUCGGAGAGACUGAAGGUCAAAUCCAAACACCUGCCACUACGAUCACCUCCUCUCCUCCGUCCCAUUCGCCUGGCCUUACCCCAUGGACCACCACCCCAUCAGUGCGACCGCGCGGAGCUAGUGUAGGGGCCUCCACGAUCCUCGAAACUCCCGAUGGCCUUGCCAUGGCCAGCGACCCGCGACUCCAACGCCCGUCCGCCCCAGUAAGGACACCGUCGAAUACGUAUGCCCCUCAGCGACGGCCCCCACAGUACAUCAGCCUCCAAGAGGACCGUCAAAGAUCCUCAUCGGCCAAGCGAGGUCCUCGACGCGAUCCAAAUGCACAAUACCGAGCUCAAGAGAAAGCCUACGUCCAACGAAUUCGAGCGAACCCGCAAGCCUGGUACCACCACUUCAAAGACGCCCAGGCAAACAGUAUGAUUGAUGGCGAUGCCGACCUCGAAGAUCCUUCCCCGUCAUCCGAAGUUGCGUUCGAAGAUGAUUCCUAUGACCCCGAUACCCAACUCUUCCUCCCGGAUGACAACCUGCCGACCACAGAAGAGCUCAGGCACCCCAAAAACCAGGAACGACUGGAGUGGCAUUCUAUGCUGGCCUCAGUCUUGAAGGGUGAUGUGGUCAAGCAAGAGAAGAUGCGACUAAACGGAUCUGCAGAAUCGAAACGGUCGGCAGCCCAGAGUUAUGCCCUCUGGAUCGGCGUUCGGGCGAGAACAUGCGGCCGGAGUAUUCCUCUACAACGCAAACUCAUCGAGGACGCACGGUCACAUCUCGGUCCCCUCAUCGAAGAUAUCUGCGGGUUCCAGAUCAAGGGUGAAACAGAGAUCGGGAAGCCACCGAGACAACAAGUCGAAGACGUUGUGGAAAAGGUUGAGAAGUGUGAGGUCCUUUACUCUUCAUCCAAAGAAAUGGAAAUCGCAAACCCCCGUGUUGCCUCGGAGGAGUUCACUUCCAGCCGCGCCGCUAUCUUUGCGUGGCACAACAUCACAGCUCUCAUCAACACCGAGCUGGCCGUCCUACAAAGCUGGGUGGGAAACGAGGCCCUCAACUUCAGCGAACCUAGAGUCAAAUCUGCGAAGAACGAUCUCUCAGAUGGCUCCUCUUUCCUUGAUCGCAUCAUGAAAGAGGAUGGUUUAAAGACGUUGCAAGACAAGGACGGCAUGCUUCUUAGUAUUCUUGCCGUCGUGCAUAAAGCUAAGAGUACUUUGAUCGAAAAUGCAGAAGCAUUUGCUGCACGCCAUCUACCCCCUUACAUUGAGGAGUUGUUGACUUUGAUCAACUUCCCCUCCCGAUUGAUCCAGGAGAUCAUUCGUGUCCGUCUGUCUUAUGCUAGGAACAUGAAGGACCCAGCAUCGCAAGCUCCCAUCCUCAUCGACCAGAUGAUCUCUCAAUUCCAAAUUCUUAUGAAAGUGGCAGUUGAUAUCAAGUUCCGCUAUCUCGAUGUCUCAAGGCCCGAGCCUGGCUGGGAUCUCCCUCCGUGUGUCGAUGAGAAUUUUGAUAAUUCAGUUAUGGAUGCCAUGAAAUACUACUUCCGGCUCUUGAACUGGAAGUUGAACGCAAAUAAGAACACUUUCAAAGAAGCCGAAAUUCUGGAGCAGGAAUGGGGAUUCUCUUACGAUAUCGGCCGCCGUCUAGAGGGUGGAGAUAUUGAAGUGGCCGAACAGUUCAGUGCCUUGACUGCCAGAUCACUGCAGCGUCUGAUGAUUCAUUUCGAGCGUGAGCUCGUUCCGCGACCUAAUGAAACUGUACAAGAUAUGGAUAAACGAUACAAGAGCAUUCUUGAUUCCACUCGCAUUCGUCAGCGCAAGCUAUACCGAUUCUCCAAAUUUUUGUGUCAAUUGUUCGAAAACGCCACAGAAUACAACAUCACUGCCGACGUCGCUUACGAUUUCUUCGAGGCCCUUUUGAUAUCCGACCACUUCCUUGUCAACACCCCCACAUCUUCUGGGCAAAAGGGGGUCUAUCUGAUCGCCCAUCACGCGCUGUGGAACCGACCUGCCGACAUCCAAGCCAUCCUCUCAACGUCAUUCAAAGAAGAUGACACCACCCAAGAUGGGCAUAUUCCAUAUGUCCUUGCCAUCAGACCUGAAAGGCCUCUUGCGUGGGCCGGAAAGGUAAUGGAAGUCGGCUUUUUAGAGCACCCAACUGAUGUUCGGUUGGGCAAACUACGUCUAGUAGUUGAAGGCAUGCAAGAACGACUGAAGAAUGCUCGCAUGGAACUCACAGUUCUCACGGGCAUACAGCUCGACAUGGUCAUUGAACAACGUGCAAACCUUGGCCGAGUCAACGUUGAGUUGAAUAAGAUCAAGAAAAUUUCUUUCAAGCUAUCCAUGACCAUCAUGGACAGUGUUGCUAUCAUCAAAGAUCAACUACGAGAGCGAAGUUGGGAGAACAAUGAUCUGAUUCAAGCAUGUUAUUCAUUCGCAACGGAGUUCGGCAAACGCUCGUCUAACUACGUCGAUGCCAACAGACGUGCUAUGAACAGUGCUCGCUUGGUGGAGUUGUCUCUAGACUGGGUCUCAUUCAUCUGUGACGAAUGUGAUGCUGCAGACCGAAAAACUUUCAAGUGGGCCGUGGCCGCGCUCGAGUUUGCAAUGGCGAUUACAUCAAGUCGUCAUCUGCUUUCUAUGGACCAAGAGCAGUACAGCGACUUCCGAUUGAAGGUUGCGGGCUGCAUGUCACUCCUCAUUUCUCAUUUCGAUAUCAUGGGUGCACGAUCAUCACUUGCGGCAAAGAACGAGAAGCGCAUGGAAGAGCGCAAUGGAGCACGACAGAUUGGUGCUGGUCGAAUCACCAGUGACGAGGAAGCGUCGCAACUCGUUCGCGACACUUGGCACGCACGCGUCAUCGAGAUUGAAGAUCGGAGAAUUGAAGAAGAUGCAAAGCGCCAAGCUCUCGGAAAAGUCUUGGAAGGCUCUGAUGAGGCGGACCGGUCGCUCACAGUACUUUCCUCCUCUGCUACCAAUGUUACUCUGAGGUGGCAGCAAGGCCAAUUCAUCGGAGGUGGUACCUUUGGAUCGGUCUAUGUGGCUAUCAAUCUGGACAGCAACUACCUGAUGGCUGUGAAGGAAAUCCGCUUGCAGGACCCUCAACUCAUCCCCAAGAUCGCCCAACAGAUUCGGGACGAGAUGGGUGUGCUUGAAGUUCUUGAUCACCCUAACAUUGUCUCCUACCACGGCAUUGAGGUCCACCGUGACAAGGUUUACAUCUUCAUGGAAUACUGUUCAGGUGGCUCGCUUGCUAGUCUGUUGGAGCACGGUCGUAUCGAAGACGAAACGGUCAUCAUGGUCUAUGCGCUCCAACUCCUCGAGGGUCUAGCAUAUCUUCAUGAAGCCCACAUUGUUCACCGCGAUAUCAAGCCUGAGAACAUUCUGCUCGAUCAUAAUGGCGUGAUCAAAUACGUUGAUUUCGGUGCUGCCAAAAUCAUCGCCCGCUCGGGUCGCACCAUUGCCCCUGCAGAUACACAUGCAAAUCCCAACUUCAAGGAUCAGAACAACAAAGACGCGAACGCGCGCGGCAAGAACCAAAAGACGACAACUGGAACGCCGAUGUACAUGUCACCCGAAGUUAUUCGGGGCGAUGCCGCUAAUCUAGCUCACAAGCAAGGUGCCGUGGACAUCUGGUCGUUGGGAUGUGUGAUCCUUGAAAUGGCCACUGGUCGCAGACCCUGGUCCACACUGGACAACGAAUGGGCCAUUAUGUACAACAUCGCCCAGGGCAAGCAACCUGCUCUCCCAACUCGCGACCAACUCAGCGAUCUGGGUAUCGACUUCGUACGUCGCUGUUUCGAAUGUGAUCCCUCCCGCCGCGCCACUGCCGCCGAGCUGCUCCAACACGAAUGGAUCGUCUCCAUCCGUCAGCAGGUCGUCUUGGAACCCCCAACACCCGGAAGCGAUUACAGCAGCAGUUCUGGAUCUGGUUCGGCAACUGCUACCCGUCAGAACUCAGCAUACAUGUGA